UAUACGUGCAUGUGUAAAAACUGCAAUUCCGAGUUUUCACAAUGGAAAAUUAGUCAUUAAGAACUCACACGUUUUGCAUUUUUGGGUUUUCAGGUAUCAGAUUUUCUUGCACACGAUUUGAAUUACAUUUCAACAUUUCCGUCUACGUUUUAUUUUUUCUAUAAUGAUUUAGAGAAAUUAUACAAUAUCACAGUGAGGAGCUGUAAACUUUGAAAGCCAUGGAAACCAUCCGAUCAAGAACCCCAAAUGCAUGGUCUACAAACAUACUGCAAAACAAUCAGCGGUCUACAAAUCCUUUGCAAAACAAUCAAUCUACUAAGGAUGCAAAACACGCUUUAUAUUACGAAACUUCUGAUGAUAACAGCAGCGAAGAAGAAGGUUCCAAACUAAUAGAUCAGAAUCUGGGGGAGGGGAUAUUCAAAGAGUAUCUGUCGAUCCAUGGUAAGUCCUCCGACGAGGCGGGCCUUUCAAAAAUUAAAAACCUUCUUGCUGCAUCGAAAUGUGGUGCUGUGUCAUGCCUAAUAUGCUUAGAGAAGGUCAGAUCUAUUGACCCAAUUUGGAAUUGCCAGCAGGGCUGUCAUGCAAUUUUUCAUUUGAUUUGUAUUCAGGAGUGGGCAAGGCAGGCAUCCAAUUCGGCUGCAGAGAGAUCCAUUGCACAGUUAUCCAGAGACCAAUUUCCCUCAGCUGCCUCCACAGCCCUAGAAAAUUCAUGUUGGCAUUGCCCUAAAUGUCGGCUUGACUAUCCACAGUUUCAAAUACCCAGGAAGUACACUUGUUUCUGUGGGAAAUUGGAGGAUCCCCCCAAUGAUCCAUGGAUAACCCCACAUACAUGUGGGGAGAUCUGUAGGAGGCCAUUGCAGAAGAACUGUGGGCAUGAGUGUGUGUUGCUGUGCCAUCCAGGGCCAUGUCCACCAUGCCCCCAGCUUGUGAAAGCGAAGUGUUUCUGUGGGGCUCUGUCUGAUGUCAGAAGAUGUGGGCUCAAAUUUUUUUCAUGCAAUGGACCCUGUUCUAGACCCCUUACUUGUGGGCUUCAUAGGUGUGAAGACAAGUGCCAUGAUGGCCCCUGUCGUCCCUGUCAAAAGAAAGGAGUUUAUAGAUGCAAAUGCGGAAAAUUGGAGAAGGAAUGCUCCUGCUCAGAGUCCGAAUUUCGUUGUGAAAGGCCAUGUGAUCAGGAGCUCAGCUGUGGAAAACACUUGUGCCUUAAGGGUUGCCACUCGGGUCCCUGUGGGGAGUGUGAAUUGCAGGGAAGGAGGACUUGUCCUUGUGGGAAAGUGGAGUAUAAUGGGAUUCCUUGUGAUGCUGUGGUGCCAACAUGUGGUUCAACAUGCGAGAAGAUGCUUCGAUGUUCUCUUCAUAGAUGUCCAGACCGAUGUCACUCAGGUCCCUGUGUUGAUACUUGCCGAAUCGUUACGGUUAAGUUCUGUCGAUGUGGAAGCUCUAGGAAAGAGGUUCCUUGUUAUGAAGAUUUAAUUUGUCAAAGAAAAUGCCAGCGGGUACGUGACUGUGGGCGCCAUCCUUGCAAGCGGCGUUGUUGUGGUGGAGAUUGUGCCCUUUGCACAGAGGUAUGUGGCAAGAAGCUUCGCUGUAACAAUCACAAAUGUCCUUCUCCCUGCCACAGAGGGAUUUGUGCACCUUGUCCAGUUACGGUUCGUAUCUCCUGUGCAUGUGGAGAAACAUCAUAUGAGGUGCCCUGUGGAGCAGAAAAGGGACUAAAGCCACCCAGGUGCUCUAGGAAAUGUUCUAUUCUUCCUCAAUGCAGGCAUGGUUCCAAAUGCAAGCCACAUAGGUGUCACUAUGGAGCUUGCCCACCAUGUGAACUAGUUUGUGAUGAGGACCUUCCUUGUGGUCAUAAAUGCAAAGAAAGGUGCCACGGUCCUCGUCCACCUCCAAAUCGAGAAUUCACAUUGAAACCAAAGAAAAGGAAAAAUGUUCAAGAAAGUAAUGAAAGCCUUGGGGUUCCUUGCCCACCUUGUCUAGAAUUGGUUGUGAGACAGUGUGUUGGUGGACAUAUAGGAGGAGAACGCAAGAUGGUCUGUUCUCAGAGCACUGCAUUUGGAUGUGGCAAUUACUGUGAUAAUCUUCUCCCAUGUGGAAAUCAUCAUUGUAAAAAACCUUGUCAUAAGAUCAGGCUAGCGCAAAUUGGACAUUCUAAUGUCUUCCAAUUUAAUGGUAGGGAUACUGGGCAGACAGAUGAGGAUAAUGAAGCUUCUUCAAGUGCAAGAUACAAGGACUUGCUAGACUCAUGUGAUGAGUGUGAAUUGCCAUGUCAAAAGAAACGGUUUCCUGCUUGUCCACAUCCAUGUCCGCAGUUAUGCCAUCCUGGAGAUUGUCAACCAUGCAAAAUCCUCAUAAAACGAGCUUGCUACUGUGGUACAAUGACGCGUGUCUUUGAAUGCAGUGAAUUCAAUAUCCUGUCUGAAGAACAGCAACAGAAAGUUCGUCCCUGUGGAGGUCCUUGUCACAGGAAGCUGCCAAAUUGCACGCAUCUCUGCCCUGAGAUAUGCCAUCCAGGUCCUUGUCCAUCAGCUCAAAUAUGCCGAAAAAAGGUUAUGGUUCGUUGUUCCUGUCAGCGGCUGAAAAGGGAAUGGAUUUGUAUGGAUGUCCAAGCUGCAUAUCUAAAAUCCCAUCAUUCAAUAAAAGGAGGUGUGAAGAGCGGAUUUGGAUUAGGAAUUUUGCCCUGUGACAAGGAUUGUGAGAGGUUAUUAGAAGAGAAGAUGGCUCAUUCAGAGCUUCAGCAGCGCAAGCAAGUGCUUAAUGAGGAUAAGGCAGAGCAAGUUGACCCUGUACCAAAGCGCCGAAAGCGGCGUGGACAAGUGCAGGAAAAACAUCAGCGCUCAAAGUUGCAGGUAAUAAUAACUAAAAUAUGCAAGUGGGUACUCGUAGUUUUCUUUCUAUUGGUGCUUGUUGGAGCAACAUAUUCUGCGUAUAAGGGUCUCCUUUGGCUAUCUGAUUGGAUGAAUGAACUUGAUGAAAGACGCCCAAAGAAGAGGGUACCGGGAAGUUUAAUGUAGCUUUGGGUUCUUUUGGAUCCUGCUAGAUGGCUGAUUAUGUGCAUAUGUUAGUUAUGUAAUUCAUGGUUUUAUAUCAGCAUAUGCCAUCUUCUGUCAUUUUCUUGCAACUCAGAGACAACAGUGAGGAAGCAGUAUGGAUUUCAUGUUCCUCUCAUCUUUUUGGUCGUUUUUUUCUCCUAGUUCGUACAGCUGGGAAUACAUCAUCCCUGGUUAGGGCAUAUGGGUAGAGAUCAAACUGCAGUUGUUUUGUUUCAGGAUUUUUUAUUUUCUCAUUUACCUUUCUUUUCUUUAAUUAUAAUAUGAAAAUCAUCUUUUAGUCUUGCUCCAUUCAUAUUUGAUUUUGCACUCCAUUGAAUUCGCAAGUUUGAGUCUGGAGGCGAAUAGGAUUGUACAUCUCAUUGAACAAUAUGUAAAGUAUACGAUUCAUUUACUAAAUUGACCCGCAGAUUUGGGUUACGAUAUUAUCUAAUAAAUCAGGCAAAUUAGGCAGUAACCUAACAAA